AUGGCUUUGUCCAAGCCCGUCCUCCCCUCCCUGACAUGGCCCGACCCCCUUGCUCUUGCUCAACAUCACCUCUUCGAUAUCAACAACCCACGUCACCGUCGUGCACUGGGCGCUUUCGAUGAAGAAGCCUGUCGGUUCUUCCUUAGCGAGGUCGGCCGUGUUGUUGUACCACGCUUACCCUUCUCUUUUGGGAUGGAAGAAGUCUAUGCACGCAUCUUGGACACAUACGGACGAAAAGGAACAAGCGAUGCAAUCAGUGUUCUGGAAGAAUUGCUUGAAGACGAGACCUCUGCCGAAGGAUUUGGUGAUGAUGGUGACGUCUAUCGUCCAUGGAGACAUGGCUGGAGACACCGCAAUAUUGACGCUUUGAACCCAUUCAUCCCAAGAGUGGGCAACUACGUUCUCCCACCAGCAGCAGCACGCGAAGUCCGCCGAGCAAAGGGAGAUAAUUUCCUUGAAGUCCUUAUAGUCGGCGGCCUCCUUGACAAUACCAACUACGCCACGACUGACAGCCCUCCCACCACUCCUCGCCGUACAGAUGAUGACCGCAUUCAACCCACUGGUCCUACCAACGUCUCUGUCUCCGACCUACCAUUGACGCCACAGAGCCCUCUUUUCGAAACCCCACCUUUCGCCGUCCCACGUGAGCGCAGCAACAACUCUCUUGCCGCCGAGAACCGUGAAGCCAGAGUCAUCGAAGGCACCAUGUUCUCUCGUAAGGGCGCCGCCAAGAGAUUGUCUUCCUUGCCAUUCGUCCCGCCACCCAUGGCCGACAAGCGUCGUGUCUCCAGUGGCAGCAAGUGGUCGAACGAGCUUCGCGGCAUGAUCUGCAGCGCCAGCCUCCGUGUGCGAGUCGCCAGCAAGGAGUUCUAA